AGUAAUGCAUUUGUCAUUCAUGGAAAAAGAAAACUUAAUUUGUUUCUCAGUUUGGGUUAAGUUGGAUAGUAAAGUAUUUGUCAAAAUUGUGAUGUGGUGUUCAAUCCGUGUAUUUGCAUUGCGUAUUUAUUUUUUCUGUUCCAUUUUUGGUUUAUUGAGUAGUUUUAAUCCGUUUUACAGGCCUUAAAUCUGCUUAUUCAAGAAGUUUUGAUUCACGGGUUGCAGAAAAUUGAAGGUUCAUCAUACAUGGCUGGGAAACGCAAAAGGAAAGGGGGAAAUGAACCCGUAAAGAAGGAUGUCACCCCCGAGCCGAACGAUAAUGCGGUUGGUUGGAGAAAUUUCUUCAAUGCGAACUACAAAGCCCUUCGAGCAGCUGAGAAGGGAUUAACUGAGAAAGAGGCUACCGACAAAUUAAAAGUGCAAUAUAAAGGUUUCACCGACGAGGAGAAGUCUGAGUGGAGAAGCUAUGACCCUAACCCUAAUCCCGCUAAGAAGGGCGUUUGUGCAAACAAGGGAGGAAACCAAAGGCAGCUGAUGCCAAGGGGAAGAAAGUGGAGGUGGAUGAGGAAGAGGGUGCUCCUGAUAGUGAAGAAGCAUCUGUGUACGGUCGAUGCUCCUUCAACCGUUUAA